UCAGGCAGCUCGAGAAGUGAAGGAGACGCACAGCAGCAGAGAUCCUUCAUAUCUGAGAAGAACAAAUCAGUUGAAGACUGAGCCUUCAGUAGAUCCUCCACUCAAUACUUGAAAAGCUUUAAGAUGAAGACAAGUGUUGCCAUCCAGUGCAUCGUUCUCCUGGCCUGCAUGGCCCUUUGCACUUCACAUGUUAUUCCAAGGUGCCGGUGUUUGAAGCCCAGUAAGUCUGUAAGAGGUCCCAUCACUGAAGUUACGGUUCAUGAGCCUUGUCCAUACUGCAACAGGAGAGAAGUCAUAGUCACACUGAAGGAUGGGAGUGAACGGUGUCUCGAUCCUCAGUCUAAAUUCAUCAUAAUGCUGCUAGAAAAACUGAGGCAGAAGAAAAGUCAGCAUAAGACGACCGUCAGCCCCCAAACAACCACAUCAUCAGCCACAGUGUCAAACUCAUUAUGAUGCACUUUGCAUGUUUAUUACUGUUACACAAAAGAAACCAGACAUCACUUAAUGAGAAGAAGGAGCAGCCGAGAUCCGGUGCAGGUUUGUCCACCACAUCCCACCGUGGUCUAUGGGACUGAAAUCUGGUGACUCUGGAGGUCAUUUACAUGCAGUCAUCUCACUGUCAUGUUCAGGACACCAGCUUGAGUUGUGAGAUAUGGUUCAUUAUACUGCAGGAAGUAGCCUUCAGAAGAUGUGUACACUGUGGUCAUAAAGGGAUGGACAUGGAAACAGUAAACAGUGAACAUUGUUCAGCUGUUGGACUGGAUACAUGUUUAAGUAUUUGGGAUUUUUUAAUCUUUUUUUUAAUGCACUUAUCAUCAAGAGUGGCUCCUCCAGCUGAUUUUAAACCAAAGCUCUCCAAACCAGCUGAUAUGAGAGAUCCACUUGAGCUCGCUUCAUAGUUCACCCCUCUGUUUUCCUUCCCUCGAGUGCAGCCUUUGUGUUUUGUGUUUUAUUUCAUUUCAUCGUUGGUCUGUUCUGGAUUAUUUUUAUA